GGAGGCUGCAAACCAGACACAGUCCCGCGGGAAAAAGAAAAAUCAUUCACUUUUUUCCUGAAGAGGAGGGAUGCUGAUGUGGUGCAACUAGGCCUCUGGAAACCAGGACGCGGAGGGAAACAGGGAAUCCCUCAACAAAAACACUUAACUUAAAAAAAAAAAUCUCAAACCUACCGGCCAAUCGCAGAGCAGAGGACGGUGCUUCCCGCUCCACCGUCCGCCGGGGGACAGUAUUUAGGAGCGGAGCCCGGCCAGGGGAGACAGACAACAGGUGCACCGGGCAUGAGCGGGUCCUCAGACCGGCGGAGAGGGAAGAGAAGUGAUGGAAACUGAACAUGAAACUAACAGGUGGUGAUUCAAAUGACUAGGACAAUAUGAGGAGAAUGCUGAGAGACUUUGUAGGAAAGAGAAGAUGCUGCCCCUUCAAGGCACAAAACAACGCCCACUACGCCUCCUACAAGCGGUUCAGGAGGAGGAUCAUCCGGCGGAGCAGCAGUGAUAGAGAUGGUCCUGCAGCCAGUACACCUCUGGCCACUGGGCGGCAGCAUGAGCCCAGCUUUGAGUUUGAUACAGUCUGUCAGAGGCUGGAGCUGGAUUCUCCACCGAGACACCAUGAGACAGCACAGAAAGUCCUGAAUGGACACAGUCAAGUGUUGGUGGGAGGAGCGUCCCACUGUGGGGCCAUCACACCACCAAACACACCUCAUACCUUCACUGCCUCAGGAAUUGCCCCAGAACAGGGGUGGGUGUGGAGAGCUGCCGUUCAAGAACCUGGAAAUGGUCAACAGGCUGGCUCUGAUGAGAGAAGACAUGCUUUGCAGCCGUUUGCUGUUCUGGAAGAAGCUUCUGUGAGUCUGCAGGGAAAGUCAGUGGUGAAGCUGGCAGCACCGUCGCUGCUGGACGACUACUACACUUACCUUCUCGACUGCAGUUGUAAUGGUAUGGUUGCAUUAGCACUGGGCUCUUCUGUUUACCUCUGGAAUUCAGAAACUGGUGCUUUGGUGGGAUAUUUGCACCCGAGUCCACAACCUGCACGAGUACACCAUCAGACUCAGUCCAUCUCGUGUCUGAGCUGGAGCAGAGAUGGCAGAACUCUCUGCGUUGGGACCAGGCGAGGGGAGAUACAGCUGUGGGAUGUUGAACACCAGAAUAUGAGAUGUCUGCCCCCACACAUGUCUGUGGUCGGAGCGCUUUCCUGGAAGCAGCAGUUACUCAGCAGUGGCUCUGUUCUCGGACGUAUCCAUCACCUUGACCCUCGGGCUCAAACAGCUCUGGUGGGCACAGCUGUCCAGAAGGAGGCAAUCUGCAGCCUUCAGUGGUCACCAGGAGACGACUGGCUCGCCAGUGGCUCCACAGAAGGCCUCCUCUGUGUAUGGAAUAGUGACAUCGCAGGGCUCACAAGGUCACAUCAGCCAAUCACUGUCAUGAAACAGCCCAGUGCUGUUAAGGCAAUGGGAUGGUGUCCAUGGCAGAGAAAGAUGAUCGCCACAGGAGGUGGAUGGAAAGAUGGAGAACUGAGAAUCUGGGACUCAGAUUUGGGGACUUGUGUGACCUCUGCCAACACAAACUCACAGAUCUGUUCUCUGAGAUGGACUGAGAGGAAGAGAUAUCUGGUCACAGGUCAUGGCCUUCCUCAUCACCAAGUCAACUGCUGGUCCUGGGACUUACCCUCCCUCAGCCCCAUCUGCCAGCUCACAGGUCAUUCUAAUCGAGUCCUGCACUUGGCCUUGAACCCCGACGGCACUCAGAUUUUCUCUGCUGGAGCUGACCAGCAGUUUCUCAUCUGGGACACGUAAUUAUCAAUUUCACUGAACAUUGUGGGUGAAAGCUCUUGACCUGUGUAACAACCGUGUUCACAUACAAGUGGCUUAUUUUCUUGGUAAUGUCACUGCUUAGAGAAUGCACAUUUCCUCUCUGCUUCUCUGAACUAACCACAAUGAGAAGCAACAAACCACAAUCAAAGUGGGCAAAGAUUUAAAGGUUAAAUGCAUUAUCAAGACGUGACGGAACCUUUUUGUUUUGUUUUAGUUUUGUUUUACUGCUAAUAAGGUUAUUUUGUGAUGAUUUGAAAAGGGACAACAGGAUUUUCAUGUGAAAAUAGUACAGAAAAUACCUCAAGUUACAAACAGAAGUGUCAUCCUCCAGUCACACACGGCUCAGAGUGACUCUGGCAUCAACAUUAAAAGACUGUGGGGACAUCGGUGAAAAAUUGUGCUAAUGACAAUAAUUAUGUAAUUUCUGUAGCACCUUGAAAGCAUCAGGCAGAGGGUGUUUUUUCAGUACAAAGGGAGCGACACUCAUGCGUCACACCCUCCCAAUUUGGCGAUCCAUUUUGAGCUGCAAAAUCUUCCCAGCUCUCCCUUUGCAUUGUCUAUGCCGCUGCUGCCCUGCAUCACUACUGCUGCUCGCUCUCGACCUCCACCCCAGCGUCCACCUGCACAUUUAAUCAUCACUCCCAAGUUUCUCAUGUAAACAUACCUGCAGGGAGUGAUGAGGUCGGAAUCUAGAUGCCAAACUCUUACUAUGUUCUGCUGUUGAAAUAAAUGUUUUUCAUAACCAGUGGAAAGAAGCAAGACUUUGUGUUCAGGCUCAGGAGAAUGUUUUCUCAUUGCUGUAGAAGGUUUGAUUUUGCAAGAAGCUCACUUUGGAAACAAAUAAUGUGCACGUUGGA